GUUUUUUCAUCGCAUGGCAUCAGAUGGCGGCCUCGCGGGGUUAUGCCUUGCUGCUCCCCUCGCGGGUUCUUUCGGAGCCAGAGACUCUGGAGAGCGCUCGCGCGGGGCAAAAGCCUCGAGGUAGCAGCUCUGGUGCCCCCGUGACGCUUCAUGUUUAUAGCGUCUCUGGCAGUCAGACCGUGUGCAAGGUGAAUCGCUUUCUGAGUCACCUUCGCACCGGAGCCUACCACACGGCCGUGGAAGUGCACGGCAAGGAGUGGAGCUAUGGCUAUGCCGACAAGGGCAGUGGCGUAUUCUGCUGCCCCCCGAAGGAGUGUGAUGCCCAUACGUACCUGUACUCUUUGCCGAUGGGUCACACGCAGCUGCUGGAACAGACUGUCCUUGCUCUCAUCGGGAGGAUGGCGAAGGAGUGGCAGGGGGAUGACUAUGACAUCCUCCGGUGCAAUUGUUGCCACUUCAGUCACGAACUGCUGAGGCGCUUGGGGCUGGGACCCUUGCCGAAGCAGUUCAUGAGCCUCGCCAGUGCAGGUGCUGCCUUGGGAGACAAGGCCCAGGCAAUGAGCUCGAUCCGUUCCAGUCUGGUUGAGGUCACCAAGUCCCAACGAAUUUCUUCAAGCAGUUCUAAUGCGGCGGCUGUCUUUCGGUGAAACGUGAGCGCAGUGUGCAACAAGCACGGGUAAGCAACCACAAACAAUUGGGUUC